AAUUUUCAAUCGGAAUAAACCAAGCACUACACCCGUCAGCGUAAACGUCAUGAGAUUUUUCUAUUUAUUUAUUUUUCGUUAUAAUUUUGAAUUUCUACGAAUAUGUCGGAGAACAUUUGCCUAAGAACAUCAUUUUUGGUACUAAUGACCUCAUUUAUAAUUUAUUGGUGUGUUGCAACGCACCUGCAAUUCACCUACCGAAGCGAUAAUCUCAAUCUUCGAAUGGAAGCACUGACACAUGAGCUACAGUUUCUGUCCAAAAAUUAUGCCACUUUCCUGAAAGAAUAUUUCCAAUCGCAACAAACGCAAAAGGACCUCGAAAAGCCAAUUGAAAAUGUAAUUGGUAAGGUGUUCGAUAACGUUCGAACCGAUAUUGCUACUGCCAAAGACAUGCUAUCAGCACUUCAGUCGAGUAUAUCAAGAACUCCGCCUGUAACAGAACGAUACGAUUUUGCGUUAGAAUCAUCGGGCAGCGAAAUAGCGUCCAUUGGCCAAACCGAUUUAGUAUCGUACUCGUUCAGUUACUUGUUCUUCGGUCCAUUUCAAAUAAAAAAUGCUCCGAGACUAGCUAUCAAUCCGCUGCUGAAUCCCGGCGAAUGUUUCGCUUUCAAAGGUAGCACGGGUGAAGUUACAAUUAAGUUACGUGAUUGGCUGUUUGUAGAUUCGGUUGGUGUGGAUCAUAUAACCGACGAUAUGUCCGCAUCCGGAACAAUUCAAUCUGCUCCGAAAGAGUUCUCCGUCUAUGGCUUGAAAAGUCUAUCCGAUCCUAAGCCAUUCAAAUUCGGAACGUUCGUGUAUGACAUCGAAAAGAGAAUUCCGGCUCAAUUUUUCGUCGUCGAACGUCAGUCCACGGAAAGCGUUCUCUACGUAUCGUUUCGAUUUCAUUCGAAUCAUGGAGAUGGAAAAUUUACUUGUGUUUAUCGGACCAGAGUGUUUGGUGUGUUGGACGAAAGUCGAUCGGAAAUACGAUUCUAUUGACGGAAGAGGCGUUUCGUCCGUUAUCAGAUUAUUAGACUGUUCGGUACAGAGUGGACGAAUGCAUCAAC